AUGGCGUUUUGCAGUUUUGCAUCUCUUGUUGGUGGAACGUGUGGUCCAAGUCCAGAAAACACAAAUGUAGUUCACUUUGUUGAUUUAAAAAAUUGUGAUCGUGACGUGAAAGCGCACUUAAAAUUUUGCAACAUUGUGACGAAUGUUGAAAGCGUCAAUAGUGAAAGAAAACUCUUACUAGCCCGUGCAGGUAAGUGAAGUGUGGCAUUUCUAUUCAACGAAGGGGCAACAGUGGUUUCUUAUGUCAUGAAAUUGAUACAUGGAAACUCACCAAUCUGUACCUAGGGAUAUUCAUCGCCCAAGAAUGCCAGCAGCACAUGACGGUUUGUCCAAAGCACAGGGAUGCCUAUGGUAUCCGCUGGCGAACUGGGAAGAAAAAAUGCUGCGUCCCAACAGAAGUUGCGGGCCAUAAGAUGACAUCCAACCGAGGAGAUCGCGGGCUGGACAGCAAACAGUCCUACUUUAUUUUUCAAGAAACCGGCCUGCUUGUUCCCGCGGGAUCGCGUUAG